CUGGAUGCAGACGAAGGAAACAAAUCUCAAUAUUCGAUUUAUAGAAAAGAAAAGUAAACCAGUUUGAAGAUCCAACUUUCAUACAACUAUUUUCAAUAUUCUUGAAGAAAUGGAGUUUUGAAGAAGUAAAACUCUCAUUUGGCUCAUCAAUUGAUUAGCAAAAUUUUCAACCUGACCUCUCAACCAUCCCCACCUUUCUCAGCCAUUUAUCGAGCGCUGCAGUGUCUACCAAUGCCCCACGAUAGACUAUUGUCCAUCCAUCAAGGUCAAGAGCCGUGAACUUCUAAUCACGUGAUCUCUCUGUCACCUUCCCAUAGAUAUUCUAGACGUGAUGUGAGUCGGCUUCGCAUUCCGAUAGCGAAGCGCAUCCAAUCGCGGUGAACACCUAUAGGCAAUAGACACCGAUGAACAGAGGUAUAUAAGGCGGGUGGAAUCCCCAGAAUUCUACGAUCUCGACGUCUUGAUCUUGUAACAAGAAAUAACCAACUCAGUACUAUCAGUUCUAUUUUUUCAACUCUGUUGUCUUUUGUAAUACACUAAUUGACGCUACUGCUGUUGAGAACGAUAUCCCCCACAUUUCGGUUAUCUUAAUUGCACUGAAAUUUCCAAGUUUCGAGAUUUUUCACUUUUUCAAAUAUUCAAAUCUUAAUUCAAAAGUGAAUUUACCACAUCAAUUCACCUCCUUAAUCGCUUAAUAUGUCUGCUCCAGAAUUCAACAUCUCCUCGGCUACUGCCAGAGACUACGAGACUCAAUACUCGGCCCACAACUACCACCCAUUGCCUGUGGUCUUUACCAAGGCUGAAGGUGCCCAUGUUUGGGAUCCAGAAGGAAAGGAGUACUUGGACUUUCUUUCUGCAUACUCUGCUGUGAACCAGGGCCAUUGCCAUCCAAAGAUCGUUGCUGCUCUUGUUGAUCAGGCCUCGAAAUUGACUUUGUGCUCCAGAGCCUUUUCUUCUGACGUCUUUGGUGUUUAUGCCAAAUACGUCACUGAAUACUUCAACUACGAGAUGGUCUUGCCAAUGAACACCGGUGCUGAAGCUGUCGAGACCGGCUUGAAGUUGGCCAGAAGAUGGGGUUACGUCAAGAAAGGCAUUCCCGAAGGCGAAGCCAUCAUAUUGUCUGCUGUGAACAACUUCCAUGGUAGAACUUUGGGAGUUAUUUCCAUGUCUACCGAUCCAGAAGCCACCGCCAACUUCGGCCCAUACUUGAGUGGUGUUGGUCCUCAGAUUCCUGGUGAGCCAGCUGGCACUUUGUUGAGAUAUGGUGUAAUUGAAGACGUGGAGAAGGCUUUCGCUAACGCCGGCGACAAGAUCGCUGCCAUUUUGUUGGAACCAAUCCAAGGUGAAGCAGGUAUUGUUGUUCCUCCUGAAGGAUACUUAACCAGAGUACAGGAAUUGUGUAAGAAACACAACGUCUUGUUGAUCUGUGAUGAAAUCCAGACUGGUAUCGCCAGAACCGGUAAAAUGUUGUGCUACGAACAUUCUAAAAACGUCAAGCCCGACAUCGUUUUAUUGGGUAAGGCUAUCUCUGGAGGUAUUUUCCCAGUUUCUGCUGUUUUGUCGUCCAAGGAAAUCAUGUUGACCUUAGAACCAGGUUCGCACGGAUCCACUUACGGUGGUAACCCAUUGGCUUGCAGAGUAGCCAUUGCUGCGUUGGAAGUUGUCAGAGAAGAAAACUUGGUUGAAAGAGCUAACAAUUUGGGUGAAUUCUUGAGAAAUAAGUUGGAAGAAUUGAAGACUGAAUCCAACGGUGUUAUCUCUGAGGUCAGAGGCAAGGGUUUAUUGUGUGCCAUUGUCAUUGACGACACCAAGACUAACGGUAGAUCUGCUUGGGACUUGUGUUUGCUUAUGAAGGACCACGGAGUGUUGGCCAAGCCUACCCACGACCACAUCAUCAGAUUGGCUCCACCUUUGGUGAUCUCUGAAGAAGACUUGUUGAAGGGUGUUGACUCCAUCAGACAAUCCUUGAAGGAUUUGCCAAAUGCUCCCAAGACCGCUCACUAGAUCAAUAGAGAUUUAGGAAGAUGUCGUUAAUAACUUGUAUAGCUUAAUUAUUGGGUAAGUAGCAUGCUACAAACGGAUACAUAAAAAUGCAAAUAUGC